AUGUUUUAUUUGUUCCUAAGCUUCAUGGAGUUUUCAUAUGUACAAGCAAUGCAGUGGGCUACAAUACGUGUGCAUCCCGCAUUGUUUAUUUCACAAGAAGCUGCAACUCGCCAGUGUAGUUUACCUUCGUUCGUUAAUGACUUACCGAAUGUAGAGAGGAAAGAAGUGAUAGCGGUGUGGAAGGAUUACAAACGAGGUGAAGACUGCUCGGAACAAAGACAAGAAACGCAAGAAAUUUUACCGAGCGAUGUGCGAGCGCUGCUGUUCGGUCGCCCUCCUGCAUUUCUUAAAGAUGCGCCAGUAGCCGUGAAGAAAAUGUUCCGUGAUAUAAUGCAGAACAAGUCAGUAGAUCACGAGGAAAAGAAACAGCAAUUAAGUAAAUUAGCGGAGGAAGUUUUAAGUCGCAGGCAGCUCAGUGAUUUCAAACGAUACCUGGAUGAGCACGAACAACGGAGGCAGGAGUUUCAGAACAAGGUGAGCCACAACAUUCUGAAUGCUAAUUCUGUCAUCGUGAACAGUCUUUCGCCAGAAGCUCGAGAUGUUUACGAGAAACUGGAACGUUUGAAGAUUGAACGAGCAAAACUCAUCGAAGAAAUGAAUGAUGAUGUACGAAAAGAGCUACGCGACUUGUACCGAAAACCCAAGAGCAAGAAAAGCCGUAAAUCUUGA